CCGUCGUCAUGGAGAUCGUGUACGUGUACAUCAAGAAGCGCAGCGAGUUCGGGAAGCAAUGCAACUUCUCCGACCGCCAGGCCGAGCUGAACAUCGACAUCCCACCCAACCCUGAGCUGGCCGAGCAGUUCGUGGAGCGGAACCCGGUGGACACCGGCAUCCAGUGCUCCGUCAGCAUGUCGGAACACGAGGCCAACACGGAGCGGUUUGAGACGGAGACCGGGGAGUUAACCACAUAGGAGGGGUUUGCCCAAGGACGUGAACCCCCUGGAGCUGGAACAGACGAUCCGCUUCCGAAAGAAAGUUGGAGAAGACGAAGAACUACAUCAACACCAUCAUGCAGCUGGGCUCGAUCAUGGAGCACUGCAUCAAGCAGAACAACGCCAUCGACAUCUACCAGGAGUAUUUCGACGACGAGGAGGCGGCGGAAGUGAUGGACGAGGCCCCUUCGGCUAAAACCAUCAACGUUUUCAGGGAUCCCCAGGAGGUCAAGCGGACAGCCACACACCUGUCCUGGCACCCGGAUGGCAACAGGAAGCUGGCCGUGGCGCACUCGUGCUUGGAAUUUCAGCGCGCCCCCAUGGGCAUGAGCUACGACUCGUACAUCUGGGACCUGGAGAACCCCAACAAGCCUGAACUCGCUCUGAAGCCGUCUUCUCCGCUGGUCACCUUGGAGUACAACCCCAAAGACUCACACGUGCUCCUGGGGGGCUGCUACAACGGGCAGAUAGCCUGCUGGGACACUCGGAAGGGCAGCCUGGUGGCGGAGCUGUCCACCAUCGAGUUCAGCCACCGAGACCCCGUGUACGGCUCCAUCUGGCUGCAGUCGAAGACGGGCACCGAGUGCUUCUCGGCGUCCACGGACGGGCAGGUCAUGUGGUGGGACAUCCGGAAGAUCAGCGAGCCCACUGAGGUGGUGAUCAUGGACAUCACCAGAAAGGAGCAGCUGGAAAAUGCCCUGGGGGCCAUCUCCCUGGAGUUCGAGUCCACUUUGCCAACCAAAUUCAUGGUGGGCACCGAGCAAGGCAUUGUCAUCUCCUGCAACCGGAAGGCCAAGACACCAGCUGAGAAGAUUGUGUGCACCUUCUCAGGCCACCAUGGCCCCAUCUAUGCCCUCCAGAGAAACCCCUUCUACCCAAAGAACUUCCUGACUGUCGGUGACUGGACAGCCCGCAUCUGGUCUGAAGACAGCCGGGAGUCGUCCAUCAUGUGGACCAAGUACCACAUGGCCUACCUCACUGACAGCGCCUGGAGCCCCAUGAGGCCAGCCGUUUUCUUCACCACCAAGAUGGAUGGGACCCUGGACAUCUGGGACUUCAUGCUCAAGCAGUGUGACCCCGCCCUCAGCCUGAAGGUGUGCGAUGAGGCCCUCUUCUGCCUCCGGGUGCAGGACAACGGGUGUUUCAUCGCCUGUGGCUCCCAGCUGGGGACGGCCACCCUGCUGGAGGUCUCGCAAGGGCUGUCCACCAUGCAGAGGAAUGAGAGGAACGUAGCUUCUUCCAUGUUUGAGCGUGAGACCCGCCGGGAGAAGAUCCUGGAGGCCAGGCACCGCGAGAUGCGGCUGAAGGAGAGGGGCAAGGCGGAGGGCAAGGAAGAGGACCAGAAAGAGGACGAGCUGGUCACGGACCUGCCGGCAAUGGUGGGCAUGGCUGAGCAGGAGUUCUUCGACAUCAUCUACGGCGAGCUGAGGAAGAAGGAGGCAGCCGCCAUGAAGAGGAAGCGCAAGUCGGAAGACCAGGAAUUUGUGGACGAAGACCAGGAGAUGGAGGGGGAUGAGGACACGCUGGAGCAGGAAGAGGCUGAAGAGACUGAAGAGGAGACGUAGGCCCAGCAGGUCGGCCCCCGGCUGCGGCGCUGCCCUGCACGUACCACCCGCCCCGCCUCUCGGUCUUGUCCCGGCCCUGCCCGUGGGGAGCUGAGCUUGCACAGCCUCGGCGGGGCCUGGGGGGGACCUGUGGGGGGGGGAGGGUUUCUCCUUGUCCCUUACCGACCUUUCUCAUCCACCUACAAAUGGAGAACAGAGAGCCUGUCGCUUCUAAGCCACCUUUCCAAGCAGGUCCCCGGGUGUCUGCACACACAGCCACGACGGAGGCCCCCGGGUGUGGGGGGAUUGACGGCACGAGCUUAGUUGUUCUCAUGCACAUUGGCGCUUUCUGUUAUCUUCAUUCCCGUAAAAUUAAACAAGUAACAACAACGCCA